UGAUCAUCUGACAAUCAAAUCUUUCAUCUUCUUCCUCAAGUUUCAUCUCUCCAUAUAAUUUUACUUCCAGCUUUCACUUUGAUUUUGGGGUUUGGUUCAAUCAACCGAGAUGUUACACCAGAUUUUCUUCACAGCAAUUGCAGCUGUUCUCUUCUUUAUCCUAAUUACAAAGAUCGCUUUUGCUGUUAUCAAUGGCGAUAAGUAUGAUAAUCAACGUACAACGGCUCAUGAUUUAAGUAAGGUUAUUGGAGAGGAAUUGAAUCCGAAGACGGAGAAAAGUAGUAGUAGCAAAAGAAAAGGUAAGAAGAAAGUUCGAUUUGCUGUUGAUCAUGAUGCGUUUAUGGUCAAUAAGGUCGUUGCAGGGCCAUCAGAAACGAAACAGGUUGUUUUCGAGAAGGAUCACGAUGAAGAGUUGAUAAGCUUAAAUGACGUCGGAUCUCCGGUGAAGUCGCCGGAAGAAGGGUUUGUCGGUGGUAUUGAGACUGAAAAUGCUGAUUAUGAUGGUGUGAUUGAUUACGAUCAGACCAAACAAGGCAAGAUUGAAUUGAUUUAUGAAGAAAAUGUAGCGAAUCACGAUGAUGAAGGUCUGAUUCGUUUGAAAUUAAUGUGUGAUGAUGGUAUUGAUGAAGAUCAGAAGGAGAAGGAAGGUCUGAUUUCUGAUGAAGAUGAUUCCGAUGAUUGGGAGGGGGUUGAAAGAAGUGAUUUAGAGAAGGUUUUUGCCAUGGCUGCAGAUUAUGGAAAGAUGGAUGAUAAUUUGGGGAAUUUAGCAAGUGAUAUUCAGAUGCAGCUGUACGGACUUCAUAAGGUUGCCACAGAAGGGCCUUGUUAUGAACCUCAGCCCAUGGCUUUAAAGGUUUUUGCCAGAGCUAAAUGGAAUGCAUGGCAGAAGCUUGGAAACAUGAAUCCAGAUGUGGCUAUGGAGCAAUAUGUCACUCUCCUUUCCGAGAAAGUUCCCGAAUGGUCUCAUUCUCGUUCUGUUGGAACCGAUGUAUCAAGCUCAAUAACGACCUCAAUUCUAGACACUUGUCAUAUAGAAAGGAAAAGAGAAAUAGAGUCAUGUUCUGAUGCUGGUGAUCCAAUUGGAGUUUCAGAUUCUAUGAAUGAGGAUAAACAAUGACUGGGUAAUUUCGCACUUAUGGUUGCUUCAGGAAAUGAAGGUUUAUCUUAUCAAACGCUGAAGAAGUGCUCUAUCUUGUCAUGUUCUGUUAUAUAUAGUCUGGACACUAAACACACCCUUAAUAAGUUCAUUCAUGAUGAAACUUCAAAUUCAUUUAUAUUCAUCAAUGAAUGUAUAUCAUAUUUGUCCAUAACUCAGUCUAU